UCCUCCCCAGCCAGCUUUGACUGGCCUGUCAGAAGAACAGGAAGACUGCGCCUUAGCUAGAAACGGCAGUCACUUCCCCGACUGUCAGUUAGGGGUUAAAAAAAAGUUAACUAAACUUGUAGCAGACAUGGAAACUAAUUUGGGAGACACAGUCAAGCUACGUUUUCCCUAACACCAACUCGCCGUCCGUGUUGUAGCCGCUGAAACAACUUGUGGAAUUGAGGAGAGGGUUUUUUUUUGUUCCCACGGAGACUUUACCUACUGAAGCCAGGCAAGCUAGCCUAGCUAAAGCUAACGUUAGCUACUUUCGGGAGUUACAUUUCCCUUGUUUAAAGCUUCGGUCUGUGUUACAUGUGGAUACUGGUCUAUACUGGUAAUUAAAGUCGUCAUUUAUAUGUUACAGGAGCAACAGGUUGUUUUAUCUACUUGUUGCCCCGAAGACUUGUGGCUUUGCUUUGAAUUUCCCUCCUUCAGUAAUACCAACCGUAGCGAGGUGCUCGCACGGUGUGGUUGGCUUUUUACCAAAUUAUUAGCAACCUUGUGCUAGUUGUGGCUAGUUAGCCGGGACAGUAGCCAGGGCCCGAGAGUGGAAUAAUAGUUUCCUAUUUCUAUAGUAAAGAAACAACGUCAACGAGGAAACACUUGCUUUGCGAUACACGUUUGAGUUCAGGGAGAUCACCCGCCUCAUGGUUUUAUGUUGACACUCACUUAAAGGAAACGGAAUAACUUAUAAAUAUGGAUCCAAACACGGGAAAUUCUGCCUCAGCUGCUGGCCCCAAGAAGGACAAAAAAUCAAAGAAGAACUAUGAGGAUGGAGAUGGGAAAAAGAAAUUUAAACUCAAACGGCUGAUUCCUGAUGAGUUCGAGCGUCUCACCAGCAUGAGGAAAAAGGACAAGGAGAAGCCUGGGCCUAUUCCAGGUCAUCGUCACUCUUCAGCCGCCGCUUAUGAAAUGACUGGUCAGACUGCCAUGCUGCAUGACCACUCUGAUGAAUAUGUCCUGGAACUCUUCGAACAGAUGCUGGUGGAUAUGAACCUGAACGAGCAGAAGCAGCAGCCUCUAAGGGACAAGGACAUUAUGAUCAAACGAGAGAUGGUCUCCCAGUACCUGCACACAUCUAAAGCGGGCCAAAACCAGAAGAUGAGCACCAGGUCAGCCAUGAGCUACAUCCAGGAUUUAAAGUCAGAAUGCCGAGACGCACAGCUGCUGCUGGACUGUCUAGAAUCUCUACGAGUCUCUCUCAAUAACAACCCUGUCAGUUGGGUGCAGAACUUUGGAGAUGAGGGCCUGGCUCUUCUGUUGAACCUGCUUAGAAGACUACAAGAGGAGAAAGACGAGUACCCAAUGAUGGGUGUGAAAUGUCAACAUGAGAUCAUUCGCUGUCUUAAAGCCUUUAUGAAUAACAAGUAUGGUCUAAAAUCCAUGCUGGAGUCUGAAGACGGGAUUCCUCUGCUGGUCAGAGCCAUCAACCCAAGGGUGCCUCAUAUGAUGGUGGAUGCUGUCAAACUGCUCUCUGCCAUCUGCAUUUUGGAACACCCAGAGAACCUUCAUGAGCGUGUUUUGGAGUCCAUCACAGAGGAGGCGGAGAAAAAGGAGAUUGAGAGGUUUCAGCCUCUUCUGUCUGGCAUGAACACUCACAAUAUUGCUCUUAAGGGUGGCUGCAUGCAGCUAAUUAAUGCCUUAAUCAGCCGAGGAGAGGAGUUGGACUUCAGGGUCCAUAUUCGCUCUGAACUGCUAAGAAUUGGACUCAGAGAGCUGCUGACGGAGGUGCGGAACAUAGAAAACGAGGAGCUGAGGGUGCAACUCAUGGUUUUUGAUGAGCAGGCCGAAGACGACUCUGAGGACCUCAAAGCACGUCUCGAUGACAUUCGCAUUGAGAUGGAUGAUGUGAAGGAGGUGUUUGAGAUACUAGUCAACACAGCCAAGGACUCCAAGGCUGAAGGCUACUUUCUGUCCCUGAUGCAGCACCUCCUGCUGAUUCGUAAUGAUUAUUUGGCCAGGCCUCAGUACUACAAGUUGAUAGACGAGUGUAUCGCUCAGAUCGUGCUUCACAAGAAUGGGGCAGACCCAGACUUCAAGUGCCGUAACCUCAACUUCAACAUUGAAGGCUUAAUAGACAACAUGGUGGACCAGACCAAGGUGCAAAAAAGUGAAGUCAAGGCCACUGAGCUGGAGAAGAAGCUGGAUUCAGAGUUGACAGCGCGCCAUGAGUUGCAGGUGGAGCUGAAGAAACUGGAGAGUGACUAUGAGCAGAAGCUGCAGGAGCUGAGCCAAGAAAAGGAACAGCUGGCCUCUUCUAAGCAGGAGCGAGAAAACGAGAACCAGGGACUACAACAACAGCUUAGCACUCUGCAACAGCAGAUUGAAAAGCUGUCUAAAGAUCUGGAAGAAGCCAAGACCAAAGUCAUCACAGUUACUGUUCCUGUGCCAACACCUGGCGUGGCCCCUCCACCACCACCACCACCACCUCCUCCUCCUCCUCUUCCUGGCCAGAAUGCUGGUGUGCCCCUUCCACCCCCACCUCCACCCCUACCAGGCCAUGCAUGCAUGACCUUGCCCCAACCCCCGCCGCCUCCUCCUUUACCGGGACAGGCCAAUAUUCCCCCUCCUCCUCCUCCGCCUCCUUUACCAGGCAUGCCAGGACCUCCACCGCCUCCGCCCCUACCUGGCAUGCCAGGACCGCCACCCCCUCCACCCUUACCUGGGAUGGGACCUCCACCACCACCACCUCUGCCUGGGUGCCCUGGUAUUCCUCCUCCACCACCUGGCCCAGGCAUGCCUCCACCUCCACCAUUUGGCAUGGGAGGCUGGGGUGCACCUGCACCACCUCAGCUGCCUUUUGGCCUCCAGCCUAAGAAAGAAUACAAGCCAGAGGUCCAGCUGAAAAGAGCCAACUGGAGCAAGAUCGGACCUGAAGACCUCUCUGAGAAGAGUUUCUGGACCAAGGCAAAAGAGGACAAAUAUGAAAACAAUGAGCUCUUUGCCAAACUCACCUUGACCUUCUCCUCACAGACAAAGACUAGUAAAGGUAAGAAUGUCACACAUGCACACAUCCAUUUAAUUCUUUUUUCACAGGUCUUCCCAAGCCUUUCUCACCCUUCUCUUCCUCCAUUUGGAGGGCACACCGCACAUUUACAUUAUUCAGCAACACUGUGUCAAAACAGCAUCUCACACGAGUUCAUGAAUAAACCACCCACACCUGUGUCUGCGUAUGGGUUCAUCUUCUCAAUGUGCCCAUGACUUGUUGUGCAGAGAUCUCACUACCAGAUUAGAUGAAUUGGGACUUGGGGACAGAGGGAAAGAUGGACAAAAGGAGGGGUGUUGAGGGAGGUAUAAGGAGAAGGUCACUGAUGUCCUUUGACUA